CGCGCCUGAGCCAUGCCGCGCGACCGGGGGGAGAAAGCAUUCCCUUUGAAGAAGACUAGCUUCAGUUGAUCAAAGAUGUCUUUGACGGACAAAAGACUUGAAAAUUUGCAGAUUUACAAAGUUCUCCAAUGUGUUUGCCAGAAGGACAAGAGGCAGAUAGAGAAGCUGACCAAACUUGGAUUCCCAGAACUCAUUAAUUUCACAGAGCCUGUCGAUGGAGAUAGUGCCCUUCAUUUGGCAUGCAUCGCAAAUGACAUAGACAUGUGCAACUUCUUGCUGGAGCAAGGAGCUCAUCCAGAUGUUCAGGACCGAAUGGGACGCACUCCUGCAAUGAAAGCAGCUGAGCUAGGCCACGACUUAGCCUUGGAUAAACUAGCGAAGGCUGAGGCAGACAUGACCAUAGUUGAUAAUGACGGAAAGGGCGUUUUGUUUUACUGUAUUUUACCUACGAAACGGCACUUCCGCUGUGUUCAGAUUGCUUUAGAAUACGGCGCAGAUGUUAACAACUGCACUAUCGAUGGGAAGCCAGUAUUCCUACAAGCCUGUGAACAAGCACACGAGAUUAAAGAAAUAUGUCUGAAAUUUUUGGAAAGAGGAGCAGACCCCAAUGCGAUAAACCUGGCUACUGGUCGCACUGCCUUAAUGGAAGCAGCAAGAGAAGGCGUAAUAGAGGUGGUGCGUGGCAUACUUGAAAGAGGAGGAGAUGUUAACAUAUUUGACAAUGAAAGACACAAUGCUGCACAUUUUGCUGCCAAAGGAGGCUUUUUUGAGAUCCUAAGAAUUAUUUCAGCUUAUAAUGGAGAUGUGGGGCUCAUUGCUAUGAAUGGGAACACGCCACUUCAUUACGCUGCUGCUGGGGGGUUUGCGGAUUGCUGCAAAUUUAUAGGGCAAAGAGGUUGUGAUCCUAAAUGGAAGAACCUACUAACAAAGACCCCAAGAAUGACUGCCAAAGAAGGUGGUUUUAAAGCAGCAUCAAAGGAACUGCGCAAAAUUGAACGACUCCAUGCUAAAAUCUCCAAACCUGGACCGAAGGAAGACAAUCCACACUGGGCAAUGAGGUUGCACGAUUGGUCCUUAGAACACCAGACAGCCCUUCGUGAGGCAUUUGAGGUGGUGGACAGAGGGGAUGGAACAAUAAGCAAAGACGACUUUGCAUCAAUUAUUCAAGAGAAGUGUGAGUUUGUGGAUGCUGAACUAGUACAAACUGUUGCCCAGGCACAUGAUAAGUCUCGUGCUGGGGGCAUUAACAUUGAAGAGUUCUUUAAAGGUUCCAAAUACUUGCAAAAAGCCUAUCUAAUUUCAUCUUUUGGACCCAAAAAGAAGAAAGGGAAGAAAGGAAAAGGCAAGAAAGGCAAGUUCUCCAUUCCCAUGCCCAUCUGUGUCAUGCCAGAGAGCUUGUGCCCACGCCGAAUAGAUGGUGGGACCCCUAUGUACAUGAUUGAGACCUAUCAGAAUGUGACCGAUGGUAACCGCUUUCAUCGGGAUCAGCCCCCUGAACAUCCUUUGCAGGAUGACUCUGCGUGGUACAUUGAUGAGCCGGAGAAGACUUACACCAAGAUCAACUAUCUUACUAAAGCAGGAGACAUUGUGUCACUGAAAAAAGCAUUUGAAGAGGGGGUCCCAGUGGACAUUAGAGAUGUAUAUUAUAAAACUCCUUUGAUGGCUGCAUGUGGAAGUGGAAACAUGGAUGCUGUGAAAUAUCUUCUAGAGAAGGGGGCUGAUGUAAAUGCAACUGACAAUUUCAAGUGGACUCCUCUGCACCAUGCCUGCCAUGCAGGUCAACAAGACAUUGCUGAAGUGCUUGUGAAGUCUGGAGCAGCAAUCGAUGCAGUUACAAUCAACAGUGCCACCCCACUGAUGAGAGCUAUUGAGAGCUGUAGACUGGACUCAGUGCAAUAUUUAAUUGAUUCUGGUGCAAAAGUCCAGAUGGAAAACAGAAAAGGCCAAAAUACUUUGGACAUUGCAAAGGCGUACGCUGACUUUAGACUAAUUGACCUGCUUCAAGAAAAACUGGACUGUUUGCCAAAACCACCAGAAACCAAAGCAGAUAAAGGGAAGAAAGUGAAGAAAGCUGGCAAGCCUAAAUCAGCUGCGAAGCCCACGCGGGGGGAGGCUGAAACUGCAAAAGAGGAGCCACCUCCACCAAUCGUAGAAAAAUCUAUUUUUGAAGAAAAGAAAGAAUCCCUUAAGGACAAUGUUAUUCAUCUGAAUUCUUUAAUAACCGGUGGAGCUACUAAGAAAGUUGAUAUCACAUUCACACCCAGAAAAACUUGGAGCCCGGAAGCGACAACAGCCAGUCUAAUAAGAAAGCGGGAAUUGCAUCGUGAGCGCUUUACUUAUGAGGUGGAUUUUGAAGACUUCAUGAUGCCAUUUAAGAAGAAUUUCAUGGGAAAAGCCAGUGCAUUAGAAAUGGCGUCUUAAAUUAAUUCAUGCUGUUCUUUGCAUCAAAGUUCAGAAAGGGCUUAAAAGCAGAGGCUCCUUUUUUGAAGACUAAAUCAUGUUACCCUUAUUUAAUACCCCUCAAUUAUGAUAAAAUUGUAGCAAAACAUUUUUUUUCUUUGUACAACUAUGUAGUUUCCCUGUAGUUAAGGACUUAAUCUUAUAAGAGGUUGAGCCGCACCAAGACUCUAGAAUCCUCAAAGGAUCAGGCCCUGAUUUACCAGGGUAUGCAGACUCUAGUUCCAUAAAACGAUGCAUCCUUUUUAAUUUAUAAACAUAGGCACUGUUGGCUACAGCUUUAUGCUGCCAUAUUCUUGGACACAGGGCAAGACUCAUCUAAGGGCAAGUAGGUUUGUAUUUAUCUUUCUCUUAUUAGGAUAUUUUUUUAAAAAAAGAACAGUGUAAAUUGCAAGCAGGAUAAGUCCUCUACUGGGAUGUCCUUAGCCAGUGCUAUGGGACAGUCAGGAGGAAAGCAUCAUCCUCCAGAGAGGUAGAUGGCAUCAUUCCUAUUAGUUAAAAACUGAAAAUAGACAAGUAAUGAGUAGUUCUGGUUUAAUUGCUGAACUGAUAUUUUCAUAUUCCAUCACACACACUUGCAAAAUGGACAAAUGCAGGGAUUUGCUCAGUAUUGCAUUACUCCAGUUCUGAGCCAGUGCACCACAUAUGAGGCUCAGGCCACUGGUAUAUUUUCAACAAACUUGCCAGAAGCUGGGACUGGAUGAUGGGGGAUAGAUCCCUUGAAAUUGCCUUUUUCUGUUCAUUCCCUCUGGAACAUCUGGCACUGGCCACUAUUGGAAGACAGAAUACUGGGCUAGAUGGACCAUUGAUCUGACCCAGUAUGGCCACUCUUAUGUUCUUUCAAAAAUAAUCACCAGUGUGAUGGGCAUGAGUGAGUGAGUGAGUGACUGUGAGUGUUUAGUCUGCAGAAGAGAAGAAUGAGGGGGGAUUUGAUAGCUGCUGUCAACUACCUGAAAGAAGGUUCCAAAGAGGAUGGAGCUAGACUGUUCUCAGUGGUAGCAGAUGACAGAACAAGGAGUAAUGGUAUCAAGUUGCAAUGGGGAAGGUUUAGGUUGGAUAUUAGGAAAAACUUUUUCACUAGGAGGGUGGUGAAGCACUGGAAUGGGUUACCUAGGGAGGUGGUGGAUUCUCCUUCCCUAGAGGUUUUUAAGGUCAGGCUUGACAAAGCCCUGGCUGGGAUGAUUUAGCUGGGGAUUGGUCCUGCUUUGAGCAGGGGGUUGGACUAGAUUACCUCCUGAGGUCCCUUCCAACCCUGAUAGUCUGUGAUUCUAUGUAGUUUUGCUCUCAUGGGGCUUGAUACAAGGCCUUUUGAAGUCAGUGGCUGUUCUAUACUCAAGGAAUGAAGGCCAGUGAAUAUUGUCCCUACCUUAGAAAUAUGCUUUAGGAGUGAUCUUGUGAAUUAUAGAUUGGGGGGCCUUGUUUUAGCACCAGGAAAAUUGGUUGAAAACAUAUUUAAAAAGAGAAUUAUAAGACACCUUGUUUGUUUGAAGAUGAAAACACCCAACGUGAUGUUAUAUGUCAUUUAAAUAGUACAUAAAUUUUCCAUAGUGCAUAAAUAACCAGUGGAACUCCCCACUACUAUAUAUCUGAAGACAUUUAUAUGGAUUAUGAGAACAGCCACAGUUACUUUAGACAUGACUUUAUUUAUAUAUAUAUACACACAAACCCUCAUGCUUCAGAGCCUAAGCCAAUUACUAGUUGAAUGUGUGUUAGGAAGAAAGUUUCCUUGUGGCUAGGUUAUUCUAUAAUUUUCCAUUGCAGAGAUGCUGCUAUCUCCCUCAGAAGUAUGUUUCUGAGACAUGAUACUGGACUAGAAGAACCAUUGGUUUGACCCGGGGUGACAAUUCUUGUAUUUAUAUUUGUGCCUCCAUGAUUUCUAGAUCCAGUUUUUUCAGUUUACAAGGGUGAAAAUAUUUGGGUUUUUUUCUGUCAGUCCUAACAACUCUGCAUGGAAUCUGAGAGUCAAGCUGGGUUCUUUCCUUCGUGUGCAUCAUCCCCAGUAAUAAAGAUUCUGCAGAUCAAAUUCUGCCCUCAGUGACACCUGUGCAGCCACAUUGUCCUUAAUGGAUGUGCACAGGCACUGCUGAGGAUAGCAUGGACUUCAGUGGGAGCUUUGCCUGAGUAAAGACUGCAGGAUUGAGACCUUAAUAGUGGUGGUACUGUACAAUUCUCUACCUAUGCUUCUUACUGGCCCAGUUACCCAUAUGAGCCCAAUGCUUUUUACCCUAGUUGCAUGUAGGACGAUAGACAUACUAUUCACUGAUAUGGAGACAGAAACUUGAAGCAAAUGACUUAGACAGCAUUUGUUAUGAAAAUAAUUCUUAAUGAGCUACGUGCUUGACAUUUGAAAAUGUUGGGGCCAAGUUCCCAGCUAGUGUAAAUGCACGUAGUUCCAUUGACUUUACAUCAACAGAGCCCUUGUGCUUCCUCUCUUUUGAAGAUGAACACACCCAGUGCAAUAUUAUGUGCAAUUUAAAAUGACCUUAUUUAACAUAUAAUUAUUUAGAAUAGAAUUGGCAUCGUAGCCCUGAUGAAAAUUCUUAGGGCAAGAUGCUUAGCGUGGAAGAAUGUCCCAAUACUGCUGGUAUUGUAGUUCGUAUAUUUCAGAGUAAUGGAGGCCUUUCAAGGGAAAUAGGGUGUCCUGGGUGGACAUAAAUUGUUUGGGGAUUCUCAAUAUAUGGGCGUGGUGUCUUUGACCGUCAGUGUGAAACUUCUGUUUGUACCCAGAUAGUUCAAAAUAAUAAAAUUUUAUUAAAACUGUUCAGAGAGAACCAUGCAAAGGAGGAUGAGGUGGCAGACAACAAAAGAUCAAGAAUAAAUCUGUAUCUGUACAUACAGAAAAAGCAUAAGGAUUGAUUUGAUAAAUCAUACACACCAGAAUAAAGCAGACUUCAUGGAUAGAAAUGCGGCGGGGAGGGGGAAGAUUCAUAAGUCAUUUAUUUCAGAAGGUAAACAACCAUGUUCAGGACACGGGUGUAUCAUGGGAAUUAGCUGGGAGAGUUUUCUCAACCAUUAAUGUCAGCUACUCAUUAAUAUCUUAAUAAAUAGCCUACCCUUAGGUAAUCACUGCUGUGAUUAACUAAGGGCAAUGUCUUCUUUGGCUUACUCAGAUGAGUGGCCCAACUGGAAGGGAGAAGGAUUUUGUUUGGAUACAGUAGAAGAGUUUAACCUAACCAGUGUACAAUGCUAUUUCUGCCAUUGUUUUGGGUUGUGCAGCGUGCGGCUUGAUUGUGACUGCCCUUCGAAAGGAUGUGUGAGGAAGCAGCAUGCAAAAAGCCUCUCCUGUGCAUAAUGGCAGCCCCUGUGCACAGGGCCGGUGCAAGGAAGUUUCACGGCCUAGGCGAAACUUCACCUUGCGCCCCCCAGCCCUGCAGCAGCUCCCUUCUGCCCUGAGGUGCGCCCCCCACGGCAGCUCCCCACCCCCAGGCCCGGGGAGCCCUGCGGUACCUCCCCAGCCUAGCUCUCCUAUGCUCCGCGUCUUCUCCGAGCACGCUGUCCUGCUCUAAUUCUCCUCCCAGGCUUGGGGCGCCAAACAGCUGAUUGGCGCCGCAAGCCUGGGAGGCAGGAGAAGUGAAGCAGCAACUGCACGGUGGAACCCCCAGGCUGUCAGCGGCACGCUGACCCAGGGGAACCCCUGGGC